AACCCGGAGUGAACCGACAAACCUCUUCAGAUACUCAGGUCGAAGAGUCGGAAGGGUUUAUUCGGCGACACCAUGGACGACCUCGUGCUAAUCGACAUGUUGACCGAGAUCCGGGCGCGGAAGAGGAGUCGUCACGUGAUGGGGGCCGCCGACAGCAGCUUCCGGCCGGAGGAGAACACCAUUUUCGACGAGGGAAAGGACGAUGGGAUGUCCCCCUCGUCGGCGUCGUCUGCCCAGUCAACGAGGAGUUUCAGUGCCACGGAAUUCCCGAGCUACGACUCUCGCAGCGAUGACUAUAAUUAUGAAGACGAACAAGAGGGCCAAGUGGUUAGCAGGAGAACAGUCUACCAAAUAUUCAAGAGGAACGUGGAGCUGAAGAGGAUGGAGAUGAUAGCAAAAAUGGUGGAAAACGUCUUCGAUAACAGCACAGACGAGGACUUAGCUGAUGCUCUCGGUGACAUCACGCCAGAUGACAUCAUGACCUCUGUGGUUCAGACGUUUAUCCCCCAUCUGACACAGAUUCAACCCAGUGAUUACGAAGAGCUGCAGGCACAACAGCAUGCCAAGCUCUACAACCACUACACGUUAUCGCAGCUACAGCUCGAGACGCCUUUGGUGGACUGGAGUUACCUGUUGAGUAGCCUUUUCAACAUGACCAUCACUGAUGACGACAACAUCUACUUGUACUAUCCGCAGUACAUGGUCAGUCUCAACCACCUGCUUGCUACUACAGAACCUUGGGUUGUCCACUACGGGAUGCUGGUUCUCUAUUCCUACGACGUUCUGAGGGAGACCAUCUACGCGCCAGAAGACAUGGACAGAGCAGAUUUCUGUCUUCAGGCUUCCAAAAGAGCUUUUGGAGAAGCGUUAAGUAAUAUGUAUCUCCAUUACGUGGGCAAUGAGACCAUCCAUCACAUACGAAAGCAUGCCGGGGAUAUCCUGCGCAUGCUACGGGAGGAGGUUAAGAGCUCGGUGGAGAAGGCGCCCUGGCUAAGCCCUCAGGACAUGGAUGCCGCCUUCGACAAGUUGCAGAAUCUCGAGGCUGAGAUCGGCGCCUACGAUAAGCACUGGAAUCUCACAUUCGUUAAUAUAUCGCACGUCGGGAUUCACUUGAGCGAAGACAAUACAUUCCGAGACAACGUGUUGGAGAUUUACAGGGUCUUGAGAACCGAACUUUAUUACUUGUAUAAGCAGCCCGUCGAUCGGUAUUCCUUUAUCUGGAGUUUUACGGUUCAACCAUACAUAGUGAACGCUUUUCACAUGCACUCAACCAAUACCAUAGUCUUCCCCGAGGCAUUUUUCCACACCCCAUACUACACCAAGAAGGGCCCAGAGUACCUCAACUACGGAUCAGCCGCCACAGCCAUGGCUCAUGAAAUAUUCCACGGAAUCGACUUUACAGGAACCCUCUUCGAUUCCCACGGCGAGAUGACCCGUCCCUUCAGCAACGCAUCACGGGAACACCUGAAGUCGAUAGUGCGCUGUUAUGAUGAACUUCUCAACACCGCCUUUUAUGAGGAGGUGGCGGUAGAGGACGCUUUCAUCGCGAUGGAGAUCGACAGCAGCACGACCUUCAACGAGAACCUGGCAGACAUCGGUGGUAUUCGACACUCCUUCCGGGCGUACCAGAGGUGGGAGCGAAGUCACUACCAGGAGCCUCGUCUCCCUGCCCUCCCCCUCUCCCCCCACCAGCUCUUCUUCGUUUCCGCUGCUCAGCCAUAUUGCGCCGUCAUCCCUAAUCUUGCCAAAAUCUUGUUAAUGGAACUGGACGAACAUCUUCCAAACGGUAUGAGAAUAAACGCAAUGAUGAUGAAUACUCCUGAAUUCGCGCAAGUCUUCCAGUGCAAUAAAGGUUCAAGGAUGGUAGCCAAUAAAACGUGCCAUAUAUUUUAAAAGCUGUCAGAUGGAGGGGAAAUUGUUGAUCUUCUGUCAUAAGUGAUACUUUAGGACAGCAUUUCAAGUGCAUUUCAAACUUAGUCAUUUCGUCUUUCAUUACAUAGUGUCGAGGAUAAUUGUAUAAAGGAAAAUAAAAGAAGACAAAGGAAAAACACGGGUGAAAGUUUUUCAUAUACAUGUCAAUAUCUUAUUUGCUAUUUUCUCUUAGUAUCAUCAAUCAGUUUCAGUUUCAUCCAUCUCUGUCUGACACUAAAGGGGGUAGUCAUUUCGUACCAAAAUUGUGUAAUUAGAUUUCUUGGGAAUGUCCAUGUCCCUUUGUAAACAAAUAAACCCUACACGGUUA